AUGUCACUGCUCCUGUGGCUGGGGUCUCAGCUGUCAUCCUCCUGGAGCAAUAUCUCUAUACUAGGAGUUUUUCUGACAGUCUUUACUUUACUUUUUGACUUCAUGAAGCGCAGGAGGACGUGGAGCCGUUACCCACCAGGACCAGUUUCGCUGCCAUUCAUUGGGACCAUGCUGCACGUUGACUUCCACAAACCUCACAUCUCCUUCAACCAGCUUCGCAAGAAGUAUGGAGACAUCUACAACCUGCAGAACUGCUGGACCAACCUGGUAGUACUGAAUGGGUAUAAAACGGUGAAGGAAGCCCUGGUCCACAAGUCAGAGGACUUUGCUGACCGGCCAUACUUUCCAAUGUAUGAACAUCUGGGCUAUGACAAAAAAUCCCAAGGGGUGGCCAUAGCAAGAUACGGGCACAGCUGGAAGGAGCUAAGAAAAUUCACGCUCACUACUUUGAGGAACUUUGGAAUGGGAAAGAAAUCCUUGGAGGAGCGAGUGGUAGAGGAAGCAAGAUUUCUGUGCUCUGCAGUCAACGCUGAAGAAGGUCGUCCUUUCGAUUUGCGUUUUCUUGUGAACAAUGCAGUGUGCAACGUGAUCUGCACCACUGUCUAUGGGGAGCGUUUUGACUAUGGUGAUGAGACAUUCAAGAAGCUGCUACAGGUGUUUGAAAACUCCUUGAAUGAAGAGACUGGAUUCAUGGCUCAGCUUCUUAACGUGGUGCCCUUUUUGCUGCACAUCCCCGGGGUGACACAGAAAGUCUUUGGAGAGCAAAAGGCAUUCAUAGACUUCUUAAACGUGCUCGUAGAUAAGCACAUGGAGACCUGGGACCCUGCUCACAUCAGAGACUUCACUGAUGCAUUUUUAAAGGAAAUGAAGGAGGAUAAGAAGGAUGAAGAGAACGCUUUCAACUGUGGCAACCUUCGUCUGGUGACCUCAGACUUGUUUACAGCUGGUACUGAGACCACCUCCACCACCCUCCGUUGGGCAGUUCUGUACAUGCUUUUACACCCAGAAAUACAGAGUAAGGUCCAAGACGAGAUUGAUAAGGUGAUUGGCAGAGAGAGACCACCCACCAUGGCAGACCAAGAGAACAUGCCCUAUACCAAUGCUGUGAUCCAUGAAGUGCAACGCUACGGAGAUGUUGCUCCUGUUGGAUUGCCUCACAUGACGUACCGGGACACCGAGCUGCAAGGCUUCUUCAUCCCCAAGGGUACAACAGUCAUCACCAACUUGUCUUCCGUGCUGAAGGAUGAGACAGUCUGGGAGAAGCCAAAUGAGUUUUACCCUGAACAUUUUCUGGAUGCCAACGGGCAGUUUGUGAAACGAGAGGCCUUCCUGCCUUUCUCAGCAGGUCGUCGAGUCUGCCUGGGGGAACAGCUGGCCAGGAUGGAGCUCUUUCUUUUCUUUACCUCUCUCCUGCAGAAAUUCACUUUUGUGCUCCCCAAGGACCAACCCAGGCCACGAGAGGAUGCUCACUUUGCACUCACAAACUCCCCACACCCAUACCUUGUGCAAGCUGUCCCAAGAUAAGUGCACACCACUCUCACUUGCACGCCAUCACCAAUACAAACU